CUCCUCGUUGUCAUCCUCAUCUGCCAGAUCAAAGAAGUCAGAGUGGGAAUUUUCACUCCCUGGCACUCCCAUCUCUUCUGAUUUACCAGAGUGUAUUACUCAGCCCAUUGUGAGAUGCUCAGUCAUCGACAUGGGCAAAUCUACUAAGCCAAAAACAUUGGUGUGUGAUGCCAGGGAAAGCAUGUCUGCAAUAGUGGAUACCAUCAUAAAGGAGGUACAUCCAGAGGAAGAAGGGGAGGUUGCAUUCCACCCUGAUCUAACAGCUGCAAUAGCAAGACUGGAGGAGCUCAUAUCUCAGGGUAGGAUUGGUGCUCUCUCACGUGAUCUUACUCACCAAGUCAACCGCAUCAUUUCUGAGAGCAACUUGACCCCUCUGGUUCUGACAGUGGCGGCUGGAAAGAGUGCAUCCGAUACAGUCCUUACUGAGCUGAAGAGGAAUGACAAGACGGUGGGGAAGCCCACAGCUUACAAGCUGGUUCAGCUUUUUGCAGAGGAGUCUGUGAAGCGCCUCUUGCUUCCUAGCCUUGUGCCCUCUACAGCUUCAAUGAGUUUGGCUCAGGGAGUUAGUGUGCCGGCUAGCGUAUCUGAAGAUAGGAUUUCAUGUUCUUUUUCUACAUCAGCAUUUAGUGACACAGUCAGCCUGUUUACCAAAGUAAUGGUAAGCCAGGUCAUGGACUCUGUGGUUUCUGAUGCACAAAGCAGAGGGUCAUCUCCAACCGGAACUGUAACUGAUAUAGGCAGUCUACUGAGUGGUAAGUCCUACCCUCUGCCAUCUUUCUCCGCCAUCAGCAUGACAACAAGUGGGACCUCCAAUGCUGCACGAGGCUUUGAGGCCAACAUAGAUGCUGAGGAAAGGGAUACCAUCAGUUGUUUCGGUGUACCUCAGAGCAUUGUUUGUGAUCAGAAUUCAACCAGCCCGGAUGUUGCCUCGCUUUCAACCCCAUCCACUGACAACUUAGUCGGUGAUGAUGACUUCACCGGCCUCAUCAGCAUGUUAGUGGUGAGACUUCUGUCAAAAAUCCAAACCCAAACUGAUCUGUACCCAACUGACGUCACACGCACGUCACAAGACCUGAUUCCAAAAGUUAUAGCUGCCUUCUGUGCAUGGUCAGGCUGCUCUGAGACCCAAGCUUAUCCCAAGAACCUGAAGAGUCACAAAGUAUACAGCACCGUCUACAAACAUCUGUUGAAGGAGUUUGGCUCAGAGAAAAUACUCCAACUGGCCGUGUCGACUCAGGACUCCACAUUCAAUAGGAUUCUUGUGAAGUCAUUGAGCAAGGAGCUUCUCCACAGUUGUAACGAGGCAUCAAGAGCAGCCUCAAGAACAUCUUUCGAAGCCACCAGGCCAGAAGCUCUUCUCAUGGCUGAAGAUGUGAAGGCUACCAGAGGGAAGCUGUCUUUCCUACAAAGGCUUGCCAGACUGAAAUUCGACUUAAAGCCAUUCAUGAUGGGAAACAAGAAGGAUUCCAAGAAGAAUUCCCGCCAUUCUGAAUCCAAAGACCAGACUACUGCUGAAGAUAUCAUAUUGGCACAUCCUGGACUCCCAGAGGGUCUUCCCUCCACCUCUCAACAGGAGAAGCCUCGCAAACGUCCCCUUCUAAUCAGGAUGUUUUCCACCAUCUCCAUAGGCCUAUCCAAGCCAUUCAAACAGUUUUCAAAGCAAGCUUAAUACAACAAUUUCCUUUAAUACAGUAAUAUUUGCAUUGAAUUGAUGGCCUUUGUCUACCGUAUUUAAUUUACAACCAAUAAAAUAAUACAUGAUGCAGGACACUCAGUUAUAAGGGAAUUAAUUGGUUUAACUUCUCAAACAGAAAGACACACAUUUCCAUUUUCUGUGGAUCGCCCAUGUUUACAUUUUACUGAAUGCUAGUCUGACCUUUGAACUGUAGAUGGCAGUAAAGGUCUACUUUUGCUGCAGAUCAACUUCUAAAGCUCAAACCUCUCUGGACAAGAAGCCCGAAACAUUUGUCCCUAGUGAGAGAGAGUAUGUGUGUGUGUGUGUGUGUGUGUGUGUGUGUGGCAAAAAAAGGGAAUAUUGCACUACACUUUUAUGAUACAGAUACAUUUUGCAUUCGGUAGCAUAGCACAGCUGUAGUUUUUUCAAAUGCCAAAUGUACAUGUAGCAUGCUUCUGCCUACAUAUGCUUUUCUGAGUGACUUGUGUUGUGAGAGAACCAGAAUUCAAACAUAAACUCCUGGAUUACAUUUUAUAAUAUUGUUAGCUCUUUUUAGUAACAUAUGGUAGCAUACAUGUUUCACACGGUGGCAAGUCAAGCUAGUUAGUUACAUGUAACAACAUUACAUUAUAUGGUCAAUGUUUGUGUGUAUCCUCUUAGCUUUUACCUUCGACAUCAACAAGCGACGCACGGGCUGGUCCUGCAGACUCCCACGCCCAUGGCCCAGGAGAAGGCAGGGGGCCACCUGCUCACUCACGUCCCAGCCAUCUCCUUUGAGACUGACUCUACUGUGGAGUGCAAAUCCAAGAGGACUCCGGAAGAGAGGGACCGGCUGAAGGUUAAACUGGCCAACAUGGCCUUGAUAGGAAGGAUCAAAAAGUCUUGGCUGUGAAAUGCCCAUUAUGUGUGAUUAUCGAAUUGAUCAUUUUCCACUUUUGAAACAACAAUGGGAAAGACAGGGUUUAUAGCAAAGGUUGCUCAGAUUGGGCUUUUGGAAAAAUUGGGAGAAUGAAAGUGCACUCCUGAUUCAGAGAGAAAGAUCCAGCUUAAUCAUCCAUACCAUUGUUUAAAUUACAAUUAAAAAAACAUUCAAACUGUUCCUGAGUUUCGAAAGACAGAGAAAGGAAAACAUCCUUAUCUUCAGGCUGUUCACACCUGUUCACACAAGUCCUACUGUCCACAAUCUCAGGGUUCUUCAAUACAAACACACCUGUUUCAGAAAACCUGAUCACUUUCACAUUCGAACAAUGUUUGUAGGAUACUUUUCAAUAACUCAAUAAAUGUAAGUGUUGAAACCAUACAUAGCUGGUAACUUGAGCUCGACAGAGUACUUGAGCUCGGCAGAGUAGUUUUGACCUGUGUCAAGGUCAGUAUUGGAAUAGUGACUUGUAUUUUGCAUCUAGAAGUGUAAGAAUUUUAGAAGAAUGCUAUUUCAUCAGUCAAAUGUUGCACUGUUUGAUAAGACAGGGUAAAGAAAACCUCCAUUUUAAUGAGUUUAGUUGUGAGUUUGACAUUUUACCACAAGAAGUCACUAUAAUACUAUACGUUAUCAAACAGGGUUGUGCUGAAAAUCAAAUGAACCACAGCCAAAUUAAUUAUUUGCAACUAAGAGUAAGAUUAAAAAAGACAUGUAUAACUUACUUUCUUGAUAAAAUACAUUGUAAAAUGUAAAUAUAUGUGAUUUCUGAGUAUGUAGUGCACAUAUCUUUUUAAGGCCCAAAGCAGACGUUUUUAUAUCAAUAUCAAAUCAUUUCUGGGUAACAAUUAAGUACCUUACUGUAAUAGAUUACGAUGAAAAUGGUCAAAAAUGUAUUUUUUGCAAAGAAAACUUUCUCAAGCAAGAAUUUUGCUAGGACUGUCUGGGAGUGGUCAGUGUGGAGGGGAAAUUAAAACUAGCUGUUAUUGGCACUCUCUUUGUCGUUGGUCUAUAAACCAAUUUACACAUGGUGAUGUCGCCAUGGAAAGCCAAAACUCUCUCCCAUGCAAACCUGCUGAUUAGAAGGUGCUGUAUAGAUGUGAGAAACUCUCUUUUCAUAUGGCACUUCAAUAUCGAAGUGAAUUUUUCGUAGCAGGUUAGGAAACUGAGGUUAAGGUUAGGAAAAGGGUUAGGGUUAGUGAAAAUGCUCUCCAAACCUUCUACGAACCUGCUGAUUAGAAGGUGCUGUAUAGAUGUGAGAAACUCUCUUUUCAUAUGGCACUUCAAUAUCGAAGUGAAUUUUUCGUAGCAGGUUAGGAAACUGAGGCUAAGGUUAGGAAAAGGGUUAGGGUUAGUGAAAAUGCUCUCCAAACCUUCUACGAAAAUGACUUUGCAUUGAAGUGCUGUGAAAAGAAUGUGUCCCUGCUCAGGUGUUGCAUGCAUCAACCAAUGGUUGUGUGCCAAGUCAUCCAUUGUGUCAUCGACUGACAGAUUGCUAUAACAUAUGAUAUGGUUAGCUGACACACAAAAUACCUAUCCAGGCAGUGUAAGAUCUGGCAAGUGUCAGCAAGGCCUGGGCAGAGGAACAUGCUCCGUAUUUUCAACCAGAACUAUCAGGAAGCAACCCCGAUCACAUUUUUGUAAAACACAUUUACAGUGUUAGUUUCAUCAGCUGUUGUACAAUAUGAAAUACAAUUAUUUUGACUUCACAGGGCCUUUAAAUGUAGGCAAACAAGUUUUCAGCAUUCAAACUAAUCUACCCAGCCAGAUUCAGCACCAUGGACAGUGAAGAUCAGAAUACCUGCGAUCUGACGAUUAGAACAACAGUGCUAUUUUAAGUGAUUUUCAAGACACCCAAAGUCAAUUUAAAUCCACAACAAAAUCUGCAGGAUAAAAAGCAAUAGAAUCAAACAUUCAAAUAAGUAAACAGGCUAUAUUAAAGUGCACUAAACAUAGAGACAGAUUAACCAUGGAGAACACAAACAUGAUGACAGAUUAACCAGGGAAGUGAAUUUAACAGAGGUUAAAGCUAAAACAACAGAAUCUGGGUACGUCUGUGUGAAGAGGUGUGGCUUUAGUGUGGAUUUGAAUAGUACACAAGUAGGCCUACGCUAUUUUUGGCCUAACUUUUUUUUAAGUGUUAUGUUUUCCCAGAUUCAUAGUGUUAUGCAGCUCAGGCCUAUCUAGGAAGGCUGGGCAUAAAUUGUUUGCUCACAGCAUCACAUGAUGACGUGGGCAACAUAAACACUUAAACUCUGUGGAUUAAAGUUAAUAGUAAUCAAAACUAAUUUCACCACGAAAGGAAGUGCAAUCGAAAUGAAUGAAGAAGACACGGUCAUUCUAGUGAGUUAAUAAAAUGACAAGGUGUUGCCUGUCAGCGUUGUAGACUACUGCCUCACAAGCCCGGGCUUUAGUGGCACUGGCAUACGCGCUUGCCUCUACUGAAGGAGCCACCGAACGCGUCCGCGCUGCAGCUCUCACUUUCUCCCGCUACAGUAUGUCCUACAAUGACAUAUUUGGUGGGGAUUGGCAGCCAACAAUAGGAUUGGAUUGGGACAAAAUCAAAGAAUAACACGAUAUUGAAAUGAAUAUAAUUAACAAAUAUUUCCCAGAAGAUUUUGGGUUCAACCUAAGGCUGACUAGGACAGAUCAAUCAACUUGAUCCGACACAGUAAGCCUACAUGUCAUACGUAAGUAAACCCACAAGAGAGACAAUAUUGCAAAGGCAGGACCAUGUUCGAUGGAAGGCGUAGGGGUAGGCAAUCGAAAACGUUUGACGGGGAAAUUUCUGUCAAUAUUAGCUAGUCCUACUGAGUGGGCAAGUAACCUUUCCCGCGCUCUUCCUAAAAAUACUAUUUGUGAUGUCAUAAAGGUCUAACGUUCCAUGACGUAGCAUGUAGCCCUAAAUUACAGUCCCUGCCUGCAAUAUUGUCCUCACUCUCGACCUGAACUCAAGUUGAAUGUAACCAACACAGACAAGGACAUGCUUUUUGAGAUAUAAAAUAGCUUGAAUGGAUGAAGAAAAGGUAAGCUAAAUGACUUCAUACAAUAUUGGGGGAAAGUAAAAUAGGGUAAAGCAAUCUAAGCGGAUAUUUCUUGUAAAAAGCUAUAACAUAUUGUAAAGCAAAUGUACCAUUCUUUAUAAAGUCACCAGCUUAGCUCUGAUAUGGCUGUAGCUCUAUUUAUGAUGUCCUCUGCACAGAUCUACUCUGACAUUGACAUAUUAUUACUUAUUGGAAUGUCUGUCCUUCAGGUAGCACAGAGGGAGGAUGGUGAUCCUCAGAGGGAAGGAAAGGAAGUUGUUGAGGAAGAACCGGUGGCCACGCCCAAAGAGGAGGCCAAGAAGAGAAGGAAGGCAAAAAGGAAGAGGAGUGGCAAGAAGUCAAGGAAGCUGGGCACUGACAACGAUGCAGUCUCCAGGAAUAAACACCUGGAUAGAGGAUCUGUAAUUGAGCUCCUGGAGAAGAAAGCUGUUAAGGCUGCAUUCGGCCCAGGCAACAAGGAUGAGAUGGAAUACUCCUACCCAAUCCUCAUCUCAUUCCUGCGCAAUCUUACUGAUGAGCAGUGGCAAGUGAUCUACAAAGGACUAAAAAACCCUAUGACGAAGGAACAGCUUGCCAAAUUGUGCAAGACAAUUGUAACCUUCAUCGCACAGACCACCCUGCAGAUCCUGCUGCCAGCCCUGGCCCGCGUACUUGGGGUAAAGGACUUUGCUGACGACGACACUGACUCACCCAAGAGGGGUGGUAGUGCAAGAUCCUUUGCUGCCUUUGAUCAGGAAAGACUGGAGCUCAUCCAGGAAGUUAGAUAUCUGGCGAAGAAAAUGUAUAAGGGCGGCACAGGGACUCAACAUCUCAGGUCCCUAACACCCUCUUCUAAGAGUUCCCAGACCUCAGUGAAAGUCCACCUGGGAAUGACAGAGGACAGAAUCAUCAAAAGUGUCCAGGAGCAACUGUCUGAUCAUAAUAUCCUGUCCUCUUGCCCACCUGAGCUGACUGUUGGUCUUAUCAAGGUGGUGGUCGAACAGCUUAACUCUGCCCUCUCUGCGACCAUCAGCAGAGCCAUUUCAGGGCGGUCCUCCCCUAUUUCUUCUGGUACCCAGGCCGCUGAACAAAUGGUCAACAUGGUCCAGAAAUGUUUUGAUGAUCACACCACCCCAGAGGACCAGAGCUCUACCUCUGUAUUAGAGUCAUGCAUUCCACCUGCAACAGAAGAAGUGAUGACUGUUAUCGCAGAGAUGGUGGGUGAAUUGGAAAAAGAAGAUCCGGAAUUGGCUAAGGUUUUUCGAGAAGUGGCUGUGAAAGUUAAAAUGUUGGCAUCUGGCAGUGACCUUGUAGUGGAGCACCUGGAUGUUGAAGACUCUCCUGUUCCAGAGGAGCUGAACAUAAUAUGUACAUCUUGCGAAGCAAUGAUGCAAAAUCUUGGCACGCUGUUUAGUGUGAAGUUCAAGACCAAAGCCUCAAAGGCUGUGAGUGAAAUUCUUGUGAGAAUGUUAAUGAGCGAUAUCUCUGGUAUGGUUCAACCUUCUCAUUCGUUUAGUACCACUCCAAGCUUGAUGAAUGCAUCUAGCCCAUCUGACAGGAUCCUUGAUUCUGCGGCCACUGGGCUCAUACAGAUCAAAGUAGAAUCUGAGGCAUCAAAAAUUAUUGAUAACUUUGUUGAAGAUGUCAAGGACAUUGUGCAGUAUGCUGAAUUAGAUCAGCCAACAAGCACCCAGAGAGAUACCCAAGUGGGACACUGUACGACAAAGCGGAAACCCUUCCGUGCAGCUCGUAGACUCUGCGAGAGACUUCAGGCUAAGCUGGAGACAUUGUUCCUCAGAAUGGGUGGAGCUCCAGUCCAAGGGGAAGAACUUAUGGAAAAAGCUGACUCCAGUGCUGUGCUUCUGGAGCAUACUGACUCCAGUGAUCUGCCUGUUUCAAUCCUGAGCUUGCCUUCCCCAUGUAAGAGUGAAUCACCUAUAUCAGAACGUAGUUCAUCUUCUUUAUCUGAUGGAUGUGAUUCAACUGGCUCUGUAGGAGAGAAAACACCAGAGCAACCUGAAACCAGUAAGAGUGAGGCAAUACUGCAAGUGGUCAACUCAACAGGACUUGGUUCUCUCCGUAAAUGCCAAAGUGAGAACUCUCAACCAUUACUGUCUCUCUGUGAUUCCAACAUGGUGCCCUGCACCAAAGAGGUCUUGUCCCAGAUUGUGACCAUGUAUAGGUCAGAGGUGGCAGAUUUGGAAUGCACAUCAUCUGUUGCAGAGGGUUCCUCUUCCAACUCCCUUGAAGUCUGUGGCUUUUUGGACAGUGUCAUGUCUUAUCUAGAAGACAUGCCUGUGUCUGGCUCUUCAUGGGUGGAAGGAUUGAGAGAUACUCCAGCCUCAGUCAUUGAGAAACUCUCCAGUGAGGAGUUCCAGAUGAACGCUACCAACGAAGUGUGAAAAAUACUGAUCAAAUCAGUC